ACAAAAGAAGGGGCGUGGUGGAAAGAGGAUAAGUUGUACACCAUCCAAACCAAAAACUUUUGUGCAUGAAAGGACUCUGUCUAGAAGGUGAAAGGACAAAACGCACAGGAUGGGAGAAGCAUUUGCAAAUCACACAUGGGAUAAGGGUGUAUUUUCCAGAAUGCAUAAAGAACACCUACAAGUCAACAAUGAAAGCACGAACGAACAACCCAGUUAAAAAACGGGAAAGGACUUGAACAGACGUUCCUCCAAAGUGGAUGUGCAAAUGGCCAAGAGGCACAUGAAAAGACGCUCAACAUCAUGCGCCAACAGGGCGAUGAAAAUCACAACCGCCAUGAGGCACCACUUGGCAGCCAGUAGGCUGGCUCUUCUAGGCACAAGAAAGCAAAACAAAGGCAAAAAGACGAGUUGGGGCGAGGGUGCGCAAGGACUGGGACUCACACACUGCUGCUGGGAAUGCAAAGCUGCUGUGGGAAUCUGCUGGGCGGCUCCUCAGUAAGUUACCGGCAGAAUUAGCACCCGAGCCCUCAAUCGCAGUCCCAGUGCAAUUUUCCUACCCUAGGGAAUCAGAAACAGGUGCUCAAACAGAACCCUGUGCAGGAAAUGUUCGGCGCAGCGCUGUUCACAUCUGCCGCAAGGUGGGAAUGGCGGAGCUGCCUGUCAACCCAUGAACUGGGAUAGGCCGCCACACACGGUGUGUCCCUGCGGUGGAAUAUUACUCAGCCGUGAAAAGGCUUGAAGCGCUGGCUCACGCUCCCACACGGACGAACGAACCCUAGUGACAACGCUGCGCUACGGGAAAGCAACCAGGCACAGAAAGCCGCCUAUUCGCCCAGCGAUCCCGCGUGCAGAAAGAAGAUAUAGAGUAGCGGCUUUGGAACCCUGCCGGUCGGAAACUUCGGGCCAACUGGCUUUUUACACCGCUUCCCGCCACAUCGCACCAUAUCCAGCCCUAUCCGACCGCAUCCAGCCACACCCGACCGCAUCCAGCCACAUCCGACCGCAUCCAGCCCUAUCCGACCGCAUCCAGCCGCACCCGACCGCAUCCAGCCGCACCCGACCGCUUCCCGCAGCGCACGCCAGACCGAGGCCCGUCCGAGAAAGCGCAGCCGAGGCCCAGCAUGCCUGUGAGGAGGAGCCGUCGAGGGUCGUCCAGUGGCCAGAGCCGGGUCCGCUCCCGCACUGCCCGAGCCGAGUUGACGUUCUCCGUGAGCCAUGUGGAGCGCCUCCUGCGGGAGGGCCGCUACUCGCAGCGCCUGGGCGCGUCCGCCCCGAUCUUCCUAGCGGCCGUCAUCCAGUCCCUGACGGCCAAGGUCCUGGAGCUGGCCGGCAUCGAGGCCCGGAACAGCGGCAGGAGGCUCAUCACCCCGGAUGUCGUGGACAUGGUGGUCCACAACCACCCGCUGCUCAGCGCCUUCUUCCAGUCCACCAUCAUCUCCCAGGCGGUCCCGGGCUGGAACUAGCUGUCCCACGCGACGUGGGGUCCGGCAGGCGCCAGGCCUACUCCUGGCCGGGGUGGGCCCCGGCCGGCCUGGUGCCUCAGGCAGUCACUGAAAGCCAAUAAAGUGUUUGGAGAAACC